AUGGAGCAAAGCCCGAUGGCCCGGCAUCGGCCCGCGGUAGCUGGUUCGACAUGGUCCGCCGGACUUCUGGGAUUGAGCACACAACGUUGGGCAUCCCUAAUUGCUUGCGCGGAGCCAGAUGACGGGAUGAGCCUAAACAAGGAGCGGGCGGAUACCAGGGCGAACCUUAGGUCGGCAAACACAAACAGGAAGCGAGGAAUGAAGAACGCAGGACAUCCAAUUGUGCGGAUGCUAGUCGGUCAGCAAGCGUUAUGCCCUAGACGUUCAUUUCCUCGCAGCCCCUCUUCGCCACGCACGCCGGCCGCAGCGGGCCGUGGCGGGCCAGGGAUUGCCUGCCGGUCGGCCGUGCCGCCCUGUACGGGAAUUGCAUAUUCCCCUACCACUAGUAUCCUUGUUACGGAAACCCUAUCGUGGGAUUGUGAUUGCAUGCAUUGCAUUUUGUCGGGCGGGUGGGCGAGCCACUGUCAAACGAUUGAGUGGUCGAGAGUGAUCGAGGCGGGAAGACGGCGUCAUGUCGUUGGAACGCGGGGCAAGGAACCUUUGGAGAUGACGGCACACCGCUGUAUCGGUCAAGAAGCGGCGGCUCCAGGGGGGACCUAUGGCAUACAUGCUGGCUACUUACUGGAGACCGAGCUGCAGGCCAACUUGACAACGUUUAUCAAGGAACACUUUUCUAAUCCGUACCGCAACCAGCGUAGUAAGCCUGCAAGCCUGGUAGGGACACGAAAUUUUACUCGCAAGAAUCGUGGCAAGUGGGGAUUCUACAAGGGUUCCCAUACUUGUUGGUGUUGUUAUCCCAGCUGGGCGGAACCGGAACCAAACUACAGAACGGGCAAACCUUCCCAUCGACGGCCCGCCGCCUUACCAAAAAAUUUUCUCACCCGACCCCAGGUGAUUGAUGGGUUGUACCUAAGGCUAUCAGGUGCUCGGACUACUGUAAGGUUGGCAGAGACUAACGGAUUUCAUGGCCUGAUUGUCUAUUCUGCCCCCGCUACUAAGGAACGGCUGAAGUGGUCCUCAAAGCUGUUAGGACUGAACAGGAGAAUGCCUAUGACUAAACUUGUCAUUGAUGGUUCGACCCUGUUUUCGCUUGUCCCUCGCUUGUCACACUCGCCGCAAAAGGCCCCUUUGAAUAAACGGGGCUCAUGUGGAAUCUGUGUCCAAUCAAACAAAGCGGACCGAGGACGGGCGCCUUGGAAUUUGUAA